CGCUGGUGCAGCACCGUGAGUCGAGAAGAAGCUCCGGAGUGCUCUUCCCCUUGCCACUUCUUGUGUGGGAUGCUGUUGCGCCAGCCGAAUGGCGACAGCGACGUAAUUUUAGCCGUGGAUUUGAACGCCUCGAGCACCGUACGUGUUAGACAGUUAGAGAAACUCUAGAGCUGAGUAGGAAAACAGAAACAUAACGCAACGUAAGGCAAGCGCGGCGCGCGUCAUUAGGCAAUGCCUAACCGAAAAGAGUUGUUUAUGAUGUGCUGAUGCCCUGCCAGUGUCUAAGGCCACCACUUCCUCCACCUCCGCAAUGCACCCAGACAUGGCCACUGGUCUCUCCAUGAUGCCCCCCUCCACCCUGUGGGAGAACAGCUCCUCCCUCCCUGGGGACGACUCCUACCUGCUCCUGAACGACUCCUCUGGGAACUGGACGCUAGUGGCAGGGGACAACGGCGGUGGCGGCCCUGGCGGGUUCAUGCCAAGCGUGGCGGGCAUGCUCAUCUCGCUGAUCUACGUGACGGUGUGCGUGGUGGGCCUGGGCGGCAACACCCUGGUGAUCCACAUCGUGCUGCACUACUCGCGUCCCGAGUCCAUCACCAACAUCUACAUCCUGAACCUGGCCAUCGCCGACGAGCUCUUCAUGCUGGGCCUGCCCUUCCUGGCCGUCCAGAACGCUCUGCUCUCCUGGCCGUUCGGCUCGCUCAUGUGCCGCCUGGUCAUGACGGUGGACGCCAUCAACCAGUUCACCAGCAUCUUCUGCCUGACGGUGAUGAGCAUCGACCGCUACCUGGCCGUGGUCCACCCCAUUCGCUCGGCCAAGUGGCGGCAGCCGCGCGUCGCCAAGGCCGUCAACGCCACCGUCUGGGCCGUCUCCAUGGUGACGGUGCUGCCGGUGGUGGUGUACGCCGACGUCCUGCGCGACGGCAACUGCAGCAUUGUGUGGCCCGAGCCCGCCGAGGUCUGGAAGGCCUCGUUCAUCGUCUACACGUCGGUCGUGGGCUUCUUCGCACCCCUGCUGGUCAUCUGCCUGUGCUACCUGCUCAUUGUGGUCAAGGUGCGGAGCGCGGGGCGCAAGGCCCGAGCGGCCUCGGUGCGCCGGCGCAAGUCGGAGCGCAAGAUCACGCGCAUGGUGGUGGUGGUGGUGGCCGUGUUCGUGCUGUGCUGGCUGCCCUUCUACGUGCUCAACAUCGUCAACCUGCUGGUGCUGCUGCCGCCCGAGCUGCGCGGCCUCUACUACUUCGUGGUGGUGCUCUCGUACGCCAACAGCUGCGCUAACCCUAUCCUCUACGGCUUCCUGUCCGACAACUUCAAGCGCGGCUUCCGCAAGGCCCUGUGCCGCUCCUCCCGGAGGGUGGAGAGCCAGAGGGCAGGCGGAGGCGGGGGAGCGGCCGGUCAGACGACCGGCGAGCAGCAGAGGCGCCCAGGGAGGGCAGCCACCGUGGGCGAAAGGCACCUGCCCGCCGAGGAGAGGCCCAAGUGGGAGUUGAACACCCAGAACAGCUUGAUAGCCACCGUGAACCCGGAAGAGGAGGAAGAGGAGGAGGAAGAUGGGGAGGGAGAGCAGGAAGGGGUGACACAGGAGGAGGAGGAGGAGGAGGGGGGUGGUGUCCAGAUGGUGGAGAUCUGCAAGAUCGCGCAGAACGGUAACGGGUCGGUGGAGGGACCCAGGGGACGCUUCACACAGACAAGGAAGCUGGAGGCAGGCGCUGCCCCAGGGCACGAGACUAAUAACGGGGAUCUGACGCCAAGGGAAGGCCUCGGCUCGGGGCCCACAGUGGUCAUUCCCCUGGUGGUCAACGGAGCCCGGAGCGGCAACGUCAGAUCUCUCCCCGACGUCUCUGUGGAAAACAGCUCCGUGCUCGAAAUCAGCUACCUAUAACACGUUACCUGACUACGAGCUCUGAAUAAACCUGACUAUAAGCCCUGGUGUUCAUUAGCCAGGUAAUCAGGCUGUGAAUAGCAGCUGAAACCCUCAGGUCCAUGAAGGAAAAUAAUUUGAAGGAAAAAAAAAAAAACACACUAAGGAUAGGCCUAUGUAGAUUUAGAAAUGACUUCAAAUCCUUUGACUUAAUAACAUGACUUUCUCUCACGACUGAACAAAAGCAUGACUGUAGACAGACGUUGGCUCAGUUCCAGCAGAGUUUACAGUAGGUUCGCACUGGAGUGGAGUGAACUGGAGUAGAGGGGGAUACGUGUUGUUUGUGUACUGGUAUUCUGUAACCAUCACA